UUGGCGAGGGCGUUCAGUGUAAGUCUUGAUAACUUGCAAGUCCCUAGCUGUGAGUUUAGAAGCAUACCCCUGCCACUGCGGCCCGCUACUUCAGUUCUACAAGAGCUUAGUCCAACACUCCUCCGUACUCCUCACAAGUCGCAAGAACUCGUCAUCUUCAAACCGUUGAGACUCCUCCAAGAAGCUCUGGCAAAAGUUGCAUUCCAAUCCCAACCAAAGCAGAUGGACUGUUUUCGAUCGUUAAAUGCCCCAUCCCGGAUAUCAUCAAGUCGAAAGUCCUCCAUUUAGGAUAAGAAUUAAGAUCGAAUAUAUCACCUGCCAUUUCGCCAGUCAUGCCGUUGUGAUUUUUCUUAGAGUCCUGAACUAAGCAUUUGUGUGGUGCUGGAUUUUCUGAUCUUGGAAAGCUGAAGCUUUUGUUUGAUGACACAUCACAACUAACUUUAUGACGGUGAACUUAUUGAUGCUAAUUCUUUCUGGGUUGUGUUGCUCUUUGGGACAUCUUUUUCAGAAUUUUUUUUUGAUUAAGGAAUCCAAUUGUUUGGUGGAUAUUUGAACUUAUUAGAUGGAAGUGUGUACAUCGGUUAAUUCAAGAAAUGGACCAAGGCACCGUCCUUUAACUCCAUGGAAAGCGUUUAGAGGUGUUUUGUGUUUGGUUGUGUUAGUUUUGACAGCAUUUAUGCUGUUGGUGUUUUGUGGUUUUUGGACAGCUGUUGUCUUAAGAUUUUUCAGCUUACAUUACAGCAGGACAGCAACAUCAUUCUUUCUGGGAAGCUGGAUUGCUUUGUGGCCUUUUCUGUUUGAAAAAAUAAACAAGACUAAAGUGGUGUUCUCAGGGGACUGUGUUGCAGCAAGGGAACGUGCCUUGCUUAUUGCGAACCAUCGGACCGAGGUUGAUUGGAUGUACUUGUGGGACCUUGCACUGCGAAAGGGAUGUCAUGGUUACAUUAAAUACGUUCUUAAGAGCAGUUUGAUGAAAUUGCCUGUAUUUGGUUGGAUAUUUCAUGUCGUGGAGUUCAUUCCAGUGGAGAGAAGAUGGGAGGCUGAUGAAGCAGUUAUGUAUAAGAUGCUUUCAACUUUCAAAGAUCCUCAAGAUCCACUCUGGCUUGCUGUUUUUCCUGAAGGCACAGAUUUCACAGAAGAGAAGUGCCAACGCAGUCAAAAGUAUGCUGCCGAAAAAGGAUUUCCGAUCCUAAAGAAUGUGCUGCUUCCAAAAUCCAAGGGCUUUUUUGCCUCGUUAGAGUCUUUGAGGGGCUCGAUGGGUGCAGUUUAUGACAUAACAAUUGGUUAUAAACAACGUUGUCCAACUUUCUUGGACAAUGCUUUUGGUGUCGACCCUGCUGAGGUUCACAUUCAUGUACGCCGUGUUGAUGUUAAUGACAUCCCGAUAUCUGAAGAGCAGGUAACUUCGUGGUUGAUGGAAACAUUCAGCCUCAAGGAUCAGCUGCUCUCGGAUUUUCAUUCAAAAGGUCAUUUUCCACGUGAAGGGAUAGAAGGCGACCUUUCUAUGGUGAAGUGUCUGGUGAACUGUACAUUCGUAAUUGUCUUGACAGGUGUCUGUACAUUCUUAACCUUCUUCUCUUCUAUCUGGUUCAAAAUGUACGUUUCCUUAGCCUGUGCAUAUCUGGCAUCAGCAACUUACUUUAAUAUCAGGCCUAGGCCUAUUGUGGCUUUGUAAAUUCUCUCUUAUACCAUCUGUAUAUUUGAGAAACUUCAAGAUUUGGUUAGGCCAUUAUGAUAUUAUGAGCAGAAGAGUUGAGGGGUGUUACCCUCUCCGAAAUACAUUCAUGUAAUAUGGGGUUCAGCCUCCACCCAACAGACAGAUGAAUAAAUCAAUACAAACUCUACAUGGGAGAUUCUUGGUA